AUGUCAUCGGACAUCACCCAGCCAGCCAUGGAUAGCGCCCUCCGCCCAAAAGCCAUCAAGGUGGCGAAGCUCGAGAACCUCCUGAAGGGAAUCGGUUAUCCCUACCAUAACGAGAGCACCAAACUGGAGAUCGGUAACGGUGUUAUGGAACUGUGCAUCGGAAACUGGAAGUCGGAGUGGCCCACUUUUGACCUGCACAAGACCGACGAUGCCCGUCCUCAAGGGGGGUUCCAGCUGAAGGUCACGGACCAGGACAUGGUUGUUACAUUUGUGAUCAAGGGCAACUAUCCCUUCGGAAUGGAUGGAUUGUGUGACAAUCUGGCCGACAUGUUUCAGAUGCCCGAGGAUCUCGGGAUGUCCGAUUUUAUCGUGGGAAAAGCUGCGGUCACCAAAACCAUGAAGACGAAGAAGAAGGGGACGGAAAAGUGGUCAACUCCAUUCACAACCUUCGGGUGCCGAGUGAACUGGAUGACCAGCAAUGAUGAUCCUGACUUGCUGAGGUACAAGUUUCUGCCGACGAAACCUUUGGACCAAGAUGAGCAGAUCAUUGUCAACAUUAACAAAGGCAAUGUCAACUUCCUGGGUGUUGCCCAAUCAAAUCUGACUGAAUACGGAGAGGCCAUGGCUGUGCCAAUUCGGAUCUGGCUGUGCACCAAGUGGAUGGCGGAGAAGUCUGGCGGCGCAGACAACAAUCUGUUUGGCAAGAUGUCAACCACUGAUAUCCCCAAAACUGCGCGCAGUAUCAAUCCCCGGAAGCUUGAGCAUACCUCUUCGGAGGAACCAGAAGGUCAGGGGCAACGCCCGGAAGUGGUGGAUCGUCAAGCGGCAAUGGAUGAGAGUGUCUCCGAUCUCGAUUCCAGCGCUGAAAAAAGCAAUGAGCGUUUGAUGGCAGAGCUCACGUUUGGUGAUGGCGGUGAUACUGCGAUUGACGCUUAUACUCCGGGCCUAGCCUUACGUGGUGACUCUUUGCUGGGUGUGCAAAACCAAGAGAGCAGUCCAACUGCUCUGACUGAGCGACGACUAGCCAUCGUUGGCAAUCUCACAGUCACUGUACCCCAGCUAUCUCUUACUCCCACUGCCUUGACGACCACCAUGACAUCGUCAUACGAGACAGCCCGAUCUCACCUCUCACCUCCCGCGUCCUCCCCCGACUCUCCUCUCUCUCCUUUCAGAACCACCCCAUCGGGUAGAGAAGAGGCAGAUGAAGGGGAAGUGUGCGAAGAGUCAGAAGAAUUGGCCUCACCUGGUGAUCAGCCGAUUCUUACUUCGCCGACUACGGAGGUUGCAUGUGAGCUUCGGUACCCUGUCUCGGGGAAGGACGAGCUGUGUUUUUCUGACCCUGAAGACUACACCAACUACCGCGCGGUGGUUGUUGCGGUGGACUUCCCUCGCGAGGAGUCCACCGAUGCGGUCAGACUGGGCCUGUUCGAAGGGCCCCAGAAAAUCACACGUUCGUCCUUCCCGGCCGACUUCACCUUGUCCCUUGACCUGAUUGAGGGAGGGUCUACAGCAGACGAGGAGCAAUCCGCAAAGGCUGGUGUUCGGGUUCACGUCCAGGACCCAGUCUGCUCCGAGUCUAGCUCCCUUCCCAUGACGGUCAAGACUUCCCAGGAGAAGGAGAAGUACAACUCUUACAGGCUUGGUCACAUGUCUGGUACUGACUCUUCGUCGGGCAAUGGUGGAGAAGGCCACCACUCAUCUCCCCUCGCGGGAAUCACCAAGGAAGUAGGAUCCCCCACAGCCGAGCAGGAGGGCGACAACCUCAUUUCCGAAGUAUGUAGACCCCGAACCCUUGCCAAGGCCGUUUUUCCUUGUGCGCUUGAAGGGUGUCGGGUGCUCUGCAGUCUUACGGACGAAAUGAGUGUUGUGUGCCCGAAGUGCGGACCGUAUUCAUCGGUUCGCUACUGCGGCAAGGAACACCUGUGGGAUGACGCCAUUGUGCACUGGGAGCAUUGUGGAGGGUAUUCCCUCCCAUACCAGUGCCUGGCAGGACCGCUUCCAGAGGAGAUUCUCGUGGGUCCACCCAUGGUGCCAAGCUUUCAUGGCUGGGACAGCCCUGAACGUCAUCGUCAGGCGCUGUGGUUCAGUUCCGCGACCAAUCAAGGCGAUUAUUUCGUCUUCGCGGACUCUGUUCUCAACCAGCUAAGAUCGAUUGGCACUCCAAAGGAUCGCUUCCGUCGUCUGAUGGCGAUCUGCCUGUUUGGGGGUGUUGAAUAUCGUGGUCUCGUUGGCGUUCUUUUCCGGUUUAUCCGGGGCUGGAUGAAGUUCCAUCGAGUAUGGGACCGCAUGGAGGGGAACAUUCUGGUUGAUCAACUUGAGCGAGAGAUGGGCGUCUUUAUCCCUACCUCGCACAUUUGUCAGCACAAUGUUCGGGAGAAUGAGUGGACUGGAGCCGACCAAUGCCCCUUCGACGAAUCAACCCACAGGCACUGUGUGCCGCCGCAACAAAGACUUCAAGAAGAUCUAGAGGGGGGACGGGGUCUCGAGGGACUGUGCAAUGACCUGGAGUCCACUUGUUGGAUUCUGCGAGCACACCGAACCACCCACCCUACGAUCAGAAGUGUGGUGGCCCGCGUGCGUGGUGAUGGUUUCGAGGGGGUCCUGCCAUGGGACCGACGUGGUUGGCGUCGGGGCGAAGGUUGGGACGGGUUUGGCAAUCCCGCCGAAUGGUAG